AUGAAGGGGAUAUCGUAUCGAGGUAAUCGGAUUUGUUUCGGUAGAUAUGCUCUUCAAGCACUUGAACCCGCUUGGAUUACAUCUAGACAAAUAGAAGCGGGGCGCCGCGCAAUGACACGAAAUGUACGCCGUGGUGGAAAAAUAUGGGUACGUAUAUUUCCAGACAAACCCGUUACGGUAAGACCUACAGAAACACGUAUGGGUUCGGGGAAAGGAUCUCCCGAGUAUUGGGAAGCAGUACCAAAUACACCUCUAGAAAGAUCAGAAGUGAUCAGAGCUGUAAUUGUACGUACUCGUAAAGAACUCAAACGCGACAACGGGAUGAUAAUACGAUAUGAUGACAAUGCUGCCGUUGUCAUUGAUCAAGAAGGAAAUCCAAAAGGAACUCGAAUUUUUGGUGCGAUCGCCCGGGAAUUGAGACAGUUAAAUUUCACUAAAAUAGUUUCAUUAGCUCCCGAGGUAUUAUAA